AUGACUGCUCUUGAGAUGGACGUUGAGAAGAAAGUGGCCAUAGCCGUUGAGCCUGCUGAGAGUUUCCCUUCAGCCAAUGGAGAUGCGUCGGUCGGCGAGAUCAAUCCCUUGAAGAGAAAUCUCAAGAAUCGUCACAUGCAGAUGAUUGCGGUUGGCGGUGCGAUUGGAGCUGGUCUUUUUGUUAGUACCGGGAGUGCAUUGAGGACUGGCGGCCCUGGCGCUUUGCUACUUUGUUAUCUGAUAGUCGGAGGCAUGCUUCUUCUCACGGUUCAAGCUUUGGGAGAACUAGCCGUUCUAUAUCCUGUCAAUGGUGCUUUCUUCACAUACUGUGUCCGCUUUAUCAGUCCAGCCUGGGGGUUCGCCGUUGGUUGGGAUUACGCUAUCGGGUGGCUGAUUAUUCUACCCUUUGAACUCACGGCUGCUAGUAAAACCAUUCAGUAUUGGCGGGACGACCUAAAUGUCGGUAUAUGGAUAGCAGUGUUCCUUGUUGCCCUCUCUGCAAUCCAACUAUUCGGAGUCAAAGGUUAUGGAGAAGUUGAGUUCGUGCUUGGAAUGAUCAAAGUCAUUGCAGUCAUCGGAUUUAUCAUCCUCGGAAUCGUUAUCGACUGCGGCGGUGCACCAAAGGGAGGCUAUAUCGGAACCAAAUACUGGCGUGACCCUGGUGCUUUCACAGACUUUAAGGGCUUCUGUUCAGUCUUUGUUACAGCUGCGUUUGCCUUCGGUGGAACAGAGAUGGCUGGUCUUGCUGCUGCCGAGGCCGCAAACCCAGCCAAGUCCAUCCCUAAAGCAACAAAACAGGUCUUCUGGCGUAUUAUGAUCUUCUAUGUCCUUGGAACAUUCAUUGUUGGCUUGAUUGUGCCUUCGAACGCCGAGUGGCUUCUCGGAGCCUCCGGCGCCAACACCAAAGCCUCGCCCUUUGUUGUCUCAAUUAAGAAUGCUGGUAUUUCUGGUCUUCCUUCUGUCAUGAAUGCAAUCAUCACUAUUUCAGUCAUCAGUGUCGCCAAUUCCGCAACCUAUGGAUCAAGUCGGACCAUACAGGCCCUCGCUGCACGCGGUAUGGCGCCUAAAUUCAUGGCAUACAUAGACAAGGGAGGACGCCCUCUAUACUGCAUUCUUCUGCAGAUCGCAUUUGGUUUCCUCGCUUUUAUUAACGAGGCGUCAUCUGGAGGCCAAAUCUUUGACUGGCUUCUCGCCUUGUCUGGUAUUUCAGACUUCUUUAUUUGGGGAAGUAUCUGUCUCGCACACAUCCGUUUCCGCUCGGCCUGGAAGGCUAAUGGACACACGGCAAAGGAACUUGCAUAUGCUGCUCCGUUUGGAGUCAUUGGAAGUUGGAUCGGUCUAUCGCUGAACGUAUUGUGUCUCAUUGCUGAGUUUUACGUUUCUGUUGCCCCGAAAGAUGCUGAGGGAUUCUUUGAGAGCUAUCUCGCGGCACCCCUUGUCAUUUUCCUGUUCGUCCUUUGGUUGAUUUAUACCAAAUUCAGAAAAGAUCCGAAGCUAGACCGCGGUGGCUGGUUUGUCGCGGUUGAUAAGAUGGACAUUACUAGUGGCAUCCGUGACGGUGCACUUGAUGUUGACCUUCCUCCGAAAGUGGAAUAUGCUACCUGGGGAGAGUACUUCAAGGCGGCCCCUUUGCGGAUUCUUCGCUCAAUUUUCUAA